AUGGCACUACUUCAUGCCCGCCGAGUAGCACUCCAAACCAUCAAAAAUCUGCCAACCCGACAGCCAUGUAGAAACUUCAGCAGCACAGCACGCGCACAAGCAGACUUCACACACGCAGUAAUCGGCGGAGGAGCCGUAGGCCUGGCCAUCGCUCGCCGCCUCCAACAACAACACAAUGGCGGCACCACCACAUCCUCAGCCACAUCCACAGUCUUGAUCGAGCAACACAAAGCCGUGGGCACAGAAACCAGCAGCCGCAACAGCGAAGUCAUUCACGCGGGAAUCUACUACGGCCAUGGCUCGCUAAAGACAAAAUUGUGCGUCCAAGGCAAGGAAAUGCUAUAUCAACUUUGCGAUAAACAUUCCAUACCCUACAACAAUUGUGGGAAGUGGGUGGUUGCGCAGGACGAGACGCAAGCCGAGGCUGUGGCAAAAGUGCACGAGUUUGCAAAGAGCAUCGGUGUGCCUACUAGAUUCUUGAGUAGAGAAGAGGCACAGAGCAGGGAACCCGAUGUCAGAGCCGAAACCGCCGUGCUCGAGUCGCCCACGACGGGAAUUCUGGACAGCCAUGCAUACAUGCAAUUCCUGCACGGCAGCUUCCAAGACGCCGGUGGCGAUACAGCGCUGAAUGCAAAGGUGACUCGCAUAGAAGCACCUUCCCCUUCCUCCCCAGACUGGAAAAUCUACACUGCAUCGCAAGAAGGAGAAACCGAACCCAUCACCGCAGAAAUCCUAAUCAACUCUGCAGGUCUCUACGCCUGCGACAUUUCAAACAUGAUUUUACCUGCCUCGAGACACACACGGCCCUUUUACGCAAAGGGGAAUUACUUUUCCUACGCAUCCAGCAACCCCAAACCUUCUGUUUUGGUCUACCCAGCUCCUGUGCCCGGUCAAGGCGGUCUGGGCACACAUUUGACUCUGGAUCUAGGCGGCCGCGUCCGCUUUGGCCCCGAUGUCGAGUGGGUGGACUCUCCACACGACUACACACCCACUUCCGACCCUACACGCUUUGCAGCCGCCAUAGCCGAUAUCAAAAAAUAUCUUCCUGGUAUUGAUGAGUCGGCUUUGGCGUUGGAUUACGCGGGCAUAAGGCCAAAAUUGGGCAGAAUGGGUGCGGUGGGCUCGGGCAAAGGGUUCCAGGAUUUUCACAUCAAGAGGGAGGAAGGGUAUGAUGGGUUUGUGAAUUUGUUGGGGAUCGAGAGUCCAGGGUUGACCAGUAGUUUGGCUAUUGCGGAGGAGGUUUGGAGGUUGUUGUAUCGAUAG